UAUUGAAAUAUGCAUUUGGGGAGUAGGUUAGGUAGGGACUUACGAAUCGUACAACUUAAGUUACAACUCACAACCUUAGAACCCACCAACCCACCAACCCACCAAGCUUCCAAGCUUCAAGCUCCGUACAGCAACAUCGCAUUACCUUUCUUAGAGUCAGCAAAUACCUGAACCUAACCUUACCGCCUCUACCUCAUACGCACCCCUCCAACGCCAUGGCGGACAGCAUCCCGACGCAGAUCGCGGAGACGAUCCAGACGGCGCACAUCCAGCGCGCGCCGUCCCCGCAGCACGACCUGAACCCGUUCUCGUCGCUGUCCCAGAAGCAGCCCGUGAACCUGCACCAGCGCAGCCCGCACGACCUAGUAAACUCGGACCUGGAUUCGAUCGACGGCGACGAAGACGACGACGACGACGACGAAAGCGAUAUCCCCAUCAGCGUGUUGAAGCCGCACCCUAGGCCCCGCCAUCAUCUCCCGCCCAUGCCGGACCUGCGCUUCGAACAGAGCUACCUGCACAGCAUCGCCAAGGCGGAUACGUGGUGGAAGGUGGCGUGGAUCACGGUGCGGGACCAGGUACUUGUUUAUUUGAACCUUAUUGAUUUCGUUUUCCUAUCUUUGUCUCAUGUCCAUCUUUUCCCCCCUUUCCUUCUUUUUUUUUCUUCUUUUUUUGAGGGGGAAGGGGCUGACCGGGCUUCGAAGAUGAUGAUGCCGUUCGCCCAGGGCGUCCUGUAUAACCUCGCGCUGCACGGCUGGCACCACUGGAACAAGAACGCCCGCGUCGGCGGCAGCUCGGUCGGCGCGCGCCUGCGCCGCUGGUGGUACGCCGUGAAUAACUGGCCCCUGCCGCCGCAGAAGGUGAAGGCAAGAGCUUGAAUAUACCUACCUACCUACCUAACCUACCUCUACCAUUCUUUAUGCAGUCCCUACCUAGGUACCUACCUAUACACACAUACCUUAUACACAUAUAUACCUGACAUAUACGCAUAUAAAAACGUACCUACAAAUGUGGAAACGAUGAGAGGAUAAUAACAUGGCGCGCCAGCAGCAACAGCAUCAGCAGUCGAGUUUACUACAACGCCAACUUAGCCUGGGCUCGGGCCUUGGCCUUAUUGGAUGCCAGGGCCGCGACAUGCCCAGUCUAUACGCGUGCUACGGACGGACAUGUCUCGGAGGUCGGAGUUGGAAUGCAUAGGGGGGGAAAGGCGAAGGCAG